AUGAAUGACGUGAACAGUAAAAAACAUAAAUUAAGUGAGGAAAAUGGAGCAGACACAUUUGAACCGGCGGUAAAAAGUUCUAAAACAUCGAUUCAGUGUCCGUACCUGGACACCAUAAAUCGACAUGUACUUGAUUUUGAUUUUGAAAAAUUAUGCUCAGUAUCUCUUACUAGGAUUAAUGUGUAUGCAUGUUUGGUGUGUGGUAAAUAUUUUCAGGGAAGAGGAACAAACACACAUGCAUAUACGCAUUCAGUUGCUGAGAGUCAUCAUGUGUUUCUUAACCUGCAUACCUUAAAAUUCUACUGUUUACCAGAUAAUUAUGAAGUCAUUGAUUCAUCUCUUAACGACAUCAAGUAUGUUUUGAACCCAAUCUUCACACCAGAACAAAUUAAACAGCUGGACCAAAGUACAAAAAUGUCCCGAGCAAUAGAUGGUACUAUGUAUAUGCCAGGUAUUGUUGGCCUUAACAACAUAAAGGCUAAUGAUUACUGCAAUGUUAUAUUACAGUGUUUGUCACAAGUUAGACCUCUUCGUAACUAUUUCUUAAGAGAAGAAAAUUAUGCUAAUGUUAAAAGACCACCUGGAGACUCAUCUUUCUUACUGGUUCAAAGAUUCGGAGAACUCUUAAGAAAACUGUGGAACCCUAGAGCAUUUAAAGCUCAUGUUUCUCCGCAUGAAAUGUUACAAGCUGUGGUGCUUUGGUCUAAGAAAAAGUUCCAGUUUAUAAAACAGAGUGACCCAAUUGAUUUUCUUUCUUGGUUUCUUAAUUCUCUUCAUAUGGCUUUAAAUGGUACAAAGAAACCAAAUAGUUCAAUUAUAUACAAGUCUUUUCUUGGUCAUAUGAGGAUAUAUACAAGGAAGUUACCCCCUCCAGAUGCAGAUGAUGCAGCAAAGGUUGAUUUAAACAGUGAAGAGUAUGCUGAAAUGAUAACUGAAUCACCAUUUCUUUAUUUAACUUGUGAUUUACCUCCGACUCCACUUUUUACAGACGAAUUUAGAGAAAAUAUUAUUCCCCAAGUUAACUUAUACCAACUUCUAUCGAAAUUCAAUGGCCAGACAUCCAAGGAGUAUAAAACUUAUAAAGAAAACUUUUUGAAGAGAUUUGAAAUUACUCAACUUCCACCAUAUUUGAUAUUAUAUAUCAAAAGAUUUACAAAGAAUACAUUUUUUGUUGAAAAGAAUCCUACCGUCGUGAACUUUCCUGUCAAAAAUGUUGAUUUUGGUGAUAUUCUUACACCUGAAAUAAAAGAGAAGCAUAAUGGAAAAACUACAUAUGAGUUAGUCGGCAACAUAGUACAUGAUGGUACUCCAGAAAAAGGCACUUACAGGGCUCAUGUUCUUCAUACACCAACACAACAAUGGUAUGAGAUGCAAGAUCUUCACGUAACUAGUAUUUUACCACAAAUGAUCACCCUCACUGAGGCUUAUAUACAAAUAUAUGAAUUGAAGCAGGACUGAUGUUGAUAAAUAAAACAAUAUUAAGACA